CCUCCUCAUAUCCUCCUUCUCUCCCACGGCACACCACGCCAGCGACCGACGACGCACCGCACAACCAACCAGCCGACGAGAGCCAGCUAGCGACCGCGCAUCAACCGACAGACUCGCGCCAGCGAUCGCCGGAGUCCGGCCGAAGCAGCCUGGGAGCUCAGCUCAAGCAGCGCGCGCAAGCAGAUGUCGACGAGCUCGACCAACUCCGCCGAGUCCCCGGCCGUGUCCGGCCUCGACUACGAAGACACCGCCCUCACCCUCGCCCUCCCCGGCUCCUCCUCCGACGACCGCAAGCGCGCCCACCACGACGAGCACGACAAGCCGCCCUCCCCAAAAGCGCGCGCUGUGGGGUGGCCUCCGGUGCGGGCUUACCGGCGCAACGCGCUGCGGGAGGAGGGCGCGUGCAAGCUCGUGAAGGUGGCCGUGGACGGCGCCCCCUACCUGCGCAAGGUGGACCUCGCCGCGCACGGCGGGUACGAGGUGCUGCUCCGCGCGCUCCACGGCAUGUUCGCCCCGUGCCUCGCCGUCCGCGGCGAGGGCGAGCUCGGGAGCAGGCUCGUGGACGCGGCCACCGGCGCCGAGUACGUGCCCACCUACGAGGACAGGGACGGCGACUGGAUGCUCGUUGGAGACGUCCCCUGGAAGAUGUUCGUCGAGUCCUGCAAGCGGAUCCGCCUCAUGAAGAGCUCCGAGGCCGUCAACCUAGCUCCAAGACCAUCUUCCCAAUGAUCACCAGGCACGGUUGAACUGCCUGGAUUUGAUUUCAGAAGGUGUGCAAUGGAAGAGGCUUGGCUGAUCAGGUCCUCCAUGUACCUAUACAGUAGGAUAUAAACAUAUACCAGUGAUGUACUGUACUUGUCAAGUAGUUUUGUUCUUAGUUUCUUCCAUGUUUCGAUCGGCUUCUUCAUGUUUGGCCAUUGCCAUAGGGAGGCCACGGCCUUGUGGUUGUCGGCAAGGGACAUAUCGCAUCUGCACGGUACAUGUUGGUGCUGUUGUUGUUAGACUCUUGUGCCUUGCUGCACUGUAAGGUCACGAGACAAUACGAGUACAAUCUCUGUCAUUUCUUUC